AUGAUUAAAGAAUGUAUUGUUGAAGCAGUGAGUAUGUUAGAUCCAAGAAAUGUCGACAAAUAUAAACAAUUACCUCUUUCGAGAAGAACUAUAACAGAUCGACAGCACGAAUUAGCGCAAAAUAUAACAGAGCAGCUUCAUACAAUUAUACGAAAUGAAGGUGUUUAUUUUUCAAUUGCGUUAGAUGAAAGCACUGAUAAAACAGAUUCAGCGCAAGUAUUAUAUUUUAUUCGUGCCGUAACUAAAGAUUUUCAAUGUUACGAAGAACUACUUGCGUUGGGUACACUAACUGGAAGAACUCGCGGAGCCGAUAUUUUUGAAAAUUUUAAAGAAGUAUGUGAUAAAUUACAAUUGAAUGUCAGUAAUUUAGUCAGUGUCUGCACCGAUGUAGCACCUUCCAUGAGAGGCAAAAAAGAAGGAUUCAUUGCAUUAUUGAAAAAAGAAAACUUAAACUUAAAAAAAUUGAUAUCAUUCCACUGCAUUUUGCACCAGCAAAAUCUUUGCGCGAAAUCAACUAUUUUGCAAGACACUCUGGAUAAAACCAUUGCAAUUGUCAAUUAUAUUUGCGUAAACGCAAUGCGUCAUCGUGAAUUUCGUCAAAUGCUCUUGUUAGAUGAGGAAACGUAUAGUGUUCCUAGGUCAUGUUUUGAUAAAAGUUUUGUCUUUACGACGACAAAUAUUAAACUUUUUUCAAGAACAAGGAAAGCUAUGUGA